UCGAAUAUGAUGUCAGUUGCACAUACAAGCGGACUUCUAAUUUGCGACUUCUUUAAAGGAUUCAGAUUUCAAUAUGUAUUUUGCAUUACUUACUCUGAUCGCAUUGAUAGUCUACUACUGCUACUCCUAUUUGACAGGGAAACCUCAUCCGAAAUUUCCACCAGGGCCGUAUCGCUGGCCGAUAUGGGGCGGCUAUCUCCAGCUGCUGGUGGAGAACUAUAGGUUCCCGUACAAGGCUAUGCACUGGAUGGCUAGACGCUACGACACCGAACUCCUGGGGAUGUAUCUGGGACCCUACCCCACCGUAGUCGCUUGCAGCCACGCCAGCGUUCGGGAUAUGCUUAAACACCCGGCGUUCCAAGGCAGAGUCGACUCUUAUGUGGCUGAGAGCCGCGAUCCGGACUGGGUCAUCAGAGGGAAGUUCUUCAUUGACGGGCACCGCUGGACUGAACAGAGGAGAUUUAUGCUGAGGAACCUGAGGGACUUCGGUUUCGGUACUAGAAAUAAACAUUUUGAGAAGAUGAUUGAAGAAGAAUUGAGAGACUUCAUUGACCUGGUCCAGUCAAAACAUGUGGAGGGAGUAUGCCACGAGGGAAAGGUCGUAGUGCCGACAGUGUUCUAUUCUUUCUUCCUCAACUUCAUCCUACAACUCCUAUUUGGUACACGGCUACCGCCCUCUCUCCACCACAAGCUGAGGGAGUUGGCUUACGCGGCCUACCGCUUCCAGUUGUCCGUAGAUCCUACUACUGGAGCAAUCAAUAUGACUCCAUGGCUCCGCCACUUGGCUUCACAAUGGUUCGGCUUCGAUGACUGUAAGAAGAGCAACGCCUUCAUGAAAAGCUUCAUCAAGGAGAGCAGGAAAAGAAGUCCAGGCAAUUGGAAAUGCGGUUACCCAGCCGCUGAACCCGCUCCAUCGUGCAAUUGUGAUGCCUCCUGGCGAACAAUUCCAUUGAUCUUGAGAGGGUGCAGGAACACAAAGACACGUUUUUUAACUGAUGCCCUUCGUGACUUUUGUGACGUUUAUCUCAAAGAAAUGGAGAGCAAAAAUAUGUCCGACGCUCAACAUUGGUUCUCAGAAGAGCAGAUGGUGAUGACGUUUUGGGAUCUUCUGUUUCCUACAUCCAUGGCGACGACGGCCACCUUGGGAUUUGCGAUUGAGUUCCUCUUGCUGUAUCCACAGGUGCAGCUUCGAGUCCACCAAGAGAUAGACAGUGUGGUCGGACGCUCCAGGUUACCUACUCUUGAUGACAGAAAGAAUUUGCCAUACACCGAAGCAGUCCUUAGAGAGGUCAUGAGGAGAGAGACUUUGGCUGCCCUAGCAAUACCUCACCGUUGCACGGAGGAUACCUACUUCAACGGCUACUUCAUCCCUAAGGAUACAAUGCUGUUGCCUAACCUUUGGAGCUCCAAUAUGGACGAAACCGUCUGGGAAGAUCCUUUUCAAUUCAAGCCCGAAAGACAUUUAGAAGAAGAUGGAAGUUUAAAGAAAAAGGACUUGUCUAUACAGUUUGGAUUAGGAAAGCACUUGUGUUCCGGGGAGACAUUUGCAAGACAGAACAUGUUCCUUGUGUUUGCCGCCAUGAUGCAGAACUUCUCUCUUGAACUACCCUCGGGCCAACCUCUACCAAACGUGGAGAUGCAUGUUCCAGGCAUCAACGUCUCACCUCAAUUCUUCUCGGUUAACAUGGUUCCGAGAUAACCAGUCUGCAACACAUUCUGGACACCUUCAUUGGAAUGUUUUCACCUUUUCCGUUGUCGGUAAAAUAAGUUUAGUUUGUAUCUAGUAUAGGAAGAACCUA